CCUCACACACACAGCUGGAGAGCCCUUCUUCACUAAUGCUGCUCUGAGGAUAUUAGACAUGGAUCUGAUCUCUUCCGCAAAAACCAUCUGGUUAUGGACCCUUCUAUCACUCUCAUUCUCAGAUGUGAUCUGUAAUCUAGAAGGAUCUCUACACAGAGAUCUAAUGGUGGGAUACAACAAGAACAUACGACAUAUGGAGAACCAUGGUGACAUCACCGAUGUGAAGAUCAAGAUGACCCUCACCAACCUCAUUUCUCUGAAUGAGAAAGAAGAGACCCUCAGCACCUGCGUUUGGAUUGAGAUGAAAUGGCACGAUUAUCGUCUCCGCUGGGCCAACAGGACAGGGUUUGAGGUCUUUGAGAACAUAACACGUAUGCGUCUUCCCUCUAAAGCUAUCUGGCUGCCCGACAUUGGCCUGGAGAACAAUGUGGAUGGGCGUUUCGAGGUGGCGCUCUACACUAACGCUCUGAUAGAUCCUGACGGUAGCGUGGUGUGGUUGCCCCCUGCCAUCUACCAAAGCUCCUGUGCCAUCAAAGUCAACUACUUCCCUUUUGACUGGCAGAACUGCAGCAUGGUGUUCAGGUCGGAGACGUACAAUGCCAAUGAAAUCGAACUGAUGCUGUCAGACGAGGAUAACGUCACUAUGGAGUGGAUUGAGAUUGAUCCAGAAGCUUUUACUGAGAAUGGGGAAUGGAUUAUUAAGCACCGCCCUGCUAAGAAGGUUGUGAACAAGCGAUACAGCCCAGAUGAGUUGGAGUACCAGGAGAUCAUCUUCUUCCUCAUCAUCCAGAGGAAACCUCUGUUCUACAUCAUCAAUAUCAUCGUGCCCUGUGUCCUCUUCUCAUCCCUUGGGUUGCUCGUCUACUUCCUGCCGGCCAAAGCUGGGGGACAGAAAUGUACUAUGACCAUUGCAAUCCUGCUCGGUCAGACUGUCUUCCUGUUCCUUAUUGCCAAGAAAGUUCCAGAAAAAAAUGGUCUGGGAGGGAACACAGCACAGGAUUUAGAAUCCAGUUUGGCUUCAGCUUCACCAGAAGUGCAGCAGUGUGUGUCUUCCUGUAAACACAUUGCGGAAAGUGCCAAGCACCAAAAUGACUUUCAAAGUGAAAAUGAAGAAUGGUUUCUGGUCGCCAGGGUGAUUGACAGGAUGUGCUUCAUCGUCAUGGCGCUACUGUUUAUACUGGGCACCAUCGGAAUCUUCCUGAUGGGGCAUUUUAACCAGGCCCCAUCUCAGCCCUUCCCUGGAGACCCCCAAAAAUACCUGCCUGAAAUCUCACCUGGAGACAUCACAGGCUGAAUGCAAGUUUAAAACCAAAUGAUAGACUCAGAGAAACUCCAGCAGAAGUCUGAAGGACUUUGUUGAAGAUACUUUGGAGACAAAAAGCCGUCAGAUUGUUCUAAGCUAUGGCAAAGGAGCUCUCAGCAUUUCAAUUUAGUAGUGCUGCAGGUUUACAAAAGUGAUCGAAGGUCUCCAGAGAAGAGAGUUGGUUGGAUCCGAAGUCAUUUGAAACUUAAAUUGGCUUUAAUGAGAUGUUGAUAUGAGCGUCAUAUUAUUUGCUUGUCAUUGCUUGUCAAUUUCUUUAUCACCUUUAAUUCUGUGUAGUGAUUCAACAGAUGCUUUCCUGAAAAUAAAAACAGUA